AUGCUGAGGAAACGUGAUUUAAUAUUGGAUGAAGCGGUAGCGUGGUGUCGGGCCGCCGAGGUGGCCGGCGAGCAGGCGGGACAAGUGCGCGGAUCUGGCGGCGGCGGGCCGUCGGGCGCGCGCAGCGCCGACACCGGCAUCGACGAGGGAGCGGGCAUCGAGCGCGUGAGUACUCGUGCGGCGAGCGGCGGGUGGCGGCGAGGCCCGCGCGAACGGGCGCCCGCGCCGGCGGCGUCGGGGCGCGCUAACGAGCGGCGCGGCGCUCAGAGCGACGCCAGCCCGGCCAGCCGCGGCACGCGGCUUCGGUGCAGAAUCUGUUUAACUGCUGACAUAAUAAAAAUGUACAGGCAGGUGAAGGUGGCCAAUGAAGACGCAGAUUUUCAGCGCAUUUACUGGCGUGAGAAUCCAGAUGCUGAACUUCAGCAUCUCCGUCAUUUGAGAGUGACAUUUGGUACUUCUUCCGCUCCCUACCUAGCCGUUCGGUCGCUUCAACAGUUAGCUUAUGAUGAGGGUUCAGAUUUUCCAUUGAUAAAGGAUAAAGUGUUGUCUGAAUUUUACAUGGAUGAUCUUAUGUCUGGAUGUGAAAGUACUGAAGAUGGCUUAGAAAUCUACAAACAAUUGACAGAAAUGUUAAGGCGUGGUGGGUUCCAACUUCAGAUGUGGUCAAGUAACAGUUCUAGCCUAAUGAAUUUAAUAAAGGAAGGUCAAGAUGUGAACAAUGUUAGAGAAAUCAAACUAGAUGAAGUUGCAAAAAUUUUAGGAUUAACAUGGAAUAAAGUAACUGAUGAAUUUGAAUAUACUGUCAACCUUCCUCCGCUGGAAACCCCAGUAACAAAACGUAAGGUUAUCUCGGAUAUAGCCCGACUGUUUGAUCCCCUUGGUUUUUUGGCUCCAGUCAUAACGACUGCCAAGAUCUUUAUACAGCGGUUGUGGUUAUGUGGCAUUGGAUGGGAUGAAGAACUGCCAGCUUCUUUGCUUAUAGACUGGUUGGAGUAUCGAAAAGAUCUUUGUAACCUUACCAAUUUUCGUAUACCUCGUUGGAUUGAAAGUAGUAGCGAAGAUCAAAUCAUGGAAUUGCACGGGUUUUCAGAUGCAUCCAAUUUAGCGUACGCCGCUGUAGUUUAUGCACGAGUUGUAGAUGGUGAUGGCAAUGUUCACACUAAUUUAGUAGCUUCUAAAACAAAAAUUGCUCCUAUUAAGACGCUAUCUAUUCCUCGUUUGGAAUUGUGUGGAGCUGUGUUAUGUGCGAAGCUUCUUCAUGAAGUUGCUGCUGUUCUGAAGAUUCCUAAGCAUUAUAUUCACGCGUGGACUGAUUCUUCCGUUGUUUUGGCCUGGUUGGGGAGUCGCCCAAGUCGAUGGAAGACGUUCAUCGCAAAUAGAGUGUCGGAAAUACUUACCUUAAUGGAAGGAGCACAGUGGUCAUAUGUAGCAUCUAAAGAUAACCCCUCUGAUUGCGCGUCUCGCGGUGUUAAACCAUCAGUUUGUGAAGAAUUACAGCUCUGGAAAAAGGGACCCAGUUGGCUGCAAAAUAAAAACAUAGAAUAUAAAAUUAGGAAUAUAGAAGACACUAAAUUAGAAGAAAGAAAAACUACAUUAAAAUGCUUUAUGCUUACCGAAAGGGACGAAGAUUUGUUGUCAAGAAUUUCCAAACUAAAUAAAUUAAUCAGAGUAAUAGCAUACUGUAAAAGAUUUAUAAAUGUAAUUAAGGGUGAAAAUAAAUAUCCUAAGUGGCUAACUACUACAGAAUUAAAUGAUGCUUUACUUACCUGUGUCAAGAUCUGCCAGUACUGUCGUUUUAAAGAAGACAUUGAAGCACUGAAAGGGAAGAAAAAAUUAAGUAAAGGGAGUAAACUUACCUCUUUGAAUCCAUUUAUUGAUGACUGCGGUGUUUUGAGAGUCGGUGGACGCUUACAGAGGGCGUACAUUAGUGAGAAUAUGAAACAUCCAAUACUCAUACCCCAUAACUCACCCUUCACUUACCUUUUGAUUGCAGACGCUCAUGAAAGAACAUUACACGGCGGGCCGCAAUUAAUGUUGAAUUACUUGCGAUCAAUGUAUUGGAUCAUAAACGCCAAACCCAUUGUUAGAAUUUAUGUGAGAAAAUGUGUUACUUGUGUUCGUCACGCGGCACAAGUAAGCCAACAAAUGAUGGGUCAGUUGCCCGAAGCCAGAGUGACGCCUCAAAAACCUUUCCAGUCCAGCGGUGUAGACUAUGCUGGACCCAUUAACCUGCGAGCAAAUAAAGGUCGAGGCUACCACGCCAUUAAAGACGCGGAAGAGUACACGAUUUGUGGAGCGACAAUGGUACAACCUUUAUCGGAGGGGCUAAAGAAUUAA